GGCUGCCUCAGAGUGUGGAGAACCCACCGCCGGGCCCGGCUGUGCGGGGUAAUCGUACCUGGGCCGCGGGGGUCCGGCUCCCGGCCUUGCAGCGCGCCGGCUGUGGAAAAUAGAGCUGUCUGGGGAGUUAGCAGGUGACAGAUCAGAUGCAAACAGAAUCUUUACCUCCAUGUCCCAACACGGUGUCACCGGUGCGGUUAAAUAAUCUGAUCAGUUCUCCAAGGUUCGGAACAGUUACUCCAAAUCGUGUCUUUGUGGGAGGAAUUGAUUUUAAGACGAAUGAAAAUGACCUGAAGACAUUUUUUGCUCAGUAUGGCAGUGUGAGAGAAGUGAAGAUAAUAAAUGACAGAGCUGGAGUAUCAAAGGGGUAUGGCUUCGUCACUUUUGAAACCCAGGAAGAGGCACAGAAGAUUUUACAAGAUGCUAAAAAACUCAAUUAUAAGGAUAAGAAAUUGAAUAUUGGUCCAGCAAUACGAAAACAACAACUACGAAGUCCUAAUGCUCGUUCUGCUGUAACACCACAAGCUGGUACAAUGUACACAACUACUGCUGUAUCACCAGAAGCUGGUACAAUGUACUUGACUACUUCGAGUGGAUAUCCAUAUGUUUACCAUAAUGGAGUGGCUUAUUUUCAUACAUCUGAAGUUUCUCCUGUUCAGCAGCCAUGGCCAUCGCGCUCAGUUUCCAGUUCCCCUGUGAUGGUGGCGCCUCCAGUUUAUCAGUCUCCUACAUAUCAUUAUCAGGCACCAACACAAUGUUUUUCGAGUCAGUGGCAAUGGUCUGUUCUACAGUCUCCUACCUCUUCACCUCCACUCUUAUAUCUGCAACCAUCUGAAGUCUUUUAUCAGCCAAUAGGAAUUACCCAGGAAGGUGGAUGUAUAUCUCCACCUCUGCUAAUGGAAGCUGCAGUUCCUGAGCAGCUGUAUUCUGACCAUGGAGUUCAAACACUACAUCACCAGCCUUAUGCCCAGAGUCACAUAGCCAUGCCUGCAGCUGAAUUGAAGUCACGUUCUGUGAGAAGACAUUUUUCACAUCCUUCGUCUGUGAGUCUGAAACCUCAGUAUGCAUGAAGUCAUCAUUUUCAUCCUAGCAAAGAUCACAGAAUGGAAGAGUGCAUUCUUACACUGUUUUCUACAGAUGCUGUAAAACACUUUUUUUAGCCAUGUACUGUGCUAACAUACCUAUCACAUGGAGGGAAUGUUCUUCCUGACUGGUUACAUUUGCCUGCAAGUGCCUCAGUUAAUAUACUCCUCUUUUUUGUCAAGUCACAGAAUGAAAUUUUGUGGUUUGGUCAGGUAAAAAGACAUGAAAUAACAACUUUACUCUGCACUUCCAUUCUUAAUAUAAAUCCUGUUACAGGACAAAAUGGUGAUUUCUGAUACACAGCCUACUGUAUAAACUCCAGUUACUAACACAGAUGGAAAGCCAGCGUACUUCUACUAAAGGGAAAAUUUCAUCUUUAGUUUAUGGGUUACAUAAACUUUAAAGAUGCACUAGUUACAAAGUAAAAGCCAUUCUGCCACAUCCUGACAGCAUUUUUGCGCUGUGGAUUCAAAUCUGUUUAUUUAAAUCUGUGUGUAUUUAAUUUCAAUUCCAAGACAGUUUGUCUAGCUUCAAGUUUUUUGCAAUCAGUAUUUUCUAGUUUUAUAAGGUAUUUUACUUAUGUGUCAUUUUAGUGCUUGGGUAUAACUUUUUAAAAUAAAAUUUGGACUAUUCACUUAAUAACUAUUUGUUCUCAUCCUAACAUUUUUCUUGAACGUAGUAAGCAAUACACUUGGUUUUAUGGUAUGUUUUUGACUGUAGAAAAAGGCAAUGCUGCUUGACUACUUGCAUUACAAGACCGUUGAAAACUUCCCUCUUCCUUCUUUGACUUUUUCUGUUGUCUGUGUGAAAAUUAGGAACUCCCUGGCAAUAUCACAAGUUGGGAUGAAAUACUAUUUUUUCCUCAACUUCAGGGAGAUAAUUUUUUUGUUUCCCCUCUCACCUUUGUAGGAUUCCUUCUAUGUAUUAUAAAAACCAGAUUCCUCAAAGGUUGAAAAUACAGCUGCUGUAGUUAAUAGGAGUGCAAGCUAUGGCUUAUUGCUUCUGUAGGACUGAGGUCUUUAUGUAUGUAAAAUAUCCUUGAGCUGUUUGGGUUUUUUAAUCUGAUUUGUAGUAAUUUGGGGGUUUUCUUUUCAGGUAGCUUUGUUUUGUUGGUAUUUUUUUCCCUUUAAUCAUUCAGGGAUAUUACCAAGUGAGCAAAGUAGUCAGUAAAUAAUCCAUGUGUAAUAUGUAAAUCUGUUUAAAGAUGGUUCUAGUGAUCAGUUGGAGUCUGUUCUGGUUUUAAACUGCUUUGAAAUUGCUGUAAAAGAGAGUCCAUGUACUGUGUCUUGGUCGUGAGUUUCCUCAAGUGACCUUCCACCUUCUGCUAGGUAGAAAAAUAUACAUAAAUAUAAUUUUAAGAGGUUCUGUUUUAAAAAUCUCGUUACCGUAGCAGCAAUGGGGGAUUGUUUUACCAGUAAGUAUCAAAAAAGGUAUACAACUUGUUGGAUACAUGAAGAGCUCAGCCUAUUUUUGAAGGGCAUCAUCAUUGUCACACUUCUGCUCCUGUCUGUACCACUAAACACAUCUGUCCAGUUCUGUUUAAUUUUCAGAUUUUAGACCUCAUUUGUACAAAUAUGUCACAAAAAUCUUGGCUCAUCAAAACAAUAAUUCAUUUCCAUGGAAGAAUUUUUCCAUAGUAAGUAUUUUUUUAAUGAUGCUCUCUCUAAAGGUGCCAAAGAAAGGUUAUAUGUUCUGUUGGAGCCUUAUUUCUUGUCAUGAAACGCACAUUUGAUCCAGGAUUCAGAAGAUUUAGUCCUUGUUUUUGGAAUGCACAGUUUGUUUACCAAACAAGACUUCCUUGUUUUUAAUAAUGCUUUAGAGAUAGAAGCAGUAAAUUUUACAGUGACUAGUAACUUAAAAAAAUAAGUGCCUAGAGGGAAGUCUCUUGAACUAAUUGCUUGGAAGUGUACAAAUACUGUGCAGUCACUUAAAAGUCAUCAGAUCGUGGCUCUAUUCUAGAUACUCACAAAAUGUAGGGUUUUUUCCCUUAAUUGGUACAGAUGUUAGAGUGUUGAUAAUGAGUUGAUCUCAUGGCCUUUGCUUCAAAGAUCACUUAAGAGUUUUUUUUACUUGAAUGUGAACUUGAUGGUUUGUAAGGAUGUUCAGUGUCAGACGCAUAACUGUUCCCUGCAGUGCUCUUCUGUGGGGUCUGUAACAUCAGCCUGGAGGUGCUAUUGGUUAGGAUUGUAUCUCCAGCUCUUAACAAUGCUUCAUUUUGACUUAAGACACCUAGAGGAUACCAAGAUGAAGAUCAGUGUUGGCUUUUCUCUAGGAACUAGAGGUUGCUGUUGAAAUACUGAGGGUUCUUCACUGAUUUUGUAGCUUAUCUUUGCUCUAAGUGCUUGCCAAGAGUGAUGGCCUGACAUCAGUCAGCAGUGACUGAACCUUUCAGGAGUUGAAUCUUUCUGCAGACACAACUGAGAUAUAACUGCCUUACCACUUGUGGAUCCCUCUAAUGGAAUGAUAGAUGCAUUGAGAAAGAACUACAUUUCCUCAGGUUGUUGUUAUCUUGAUGUUCUAGCAUUCAUGAUUUUUGUUGUUGUUGUUUUACACUGUACAGUAUUCUCCUGCCAGUUCAGUUAACUAAAUUACAGAAGUAAUUUAGUUAACUGCAGAUGGUCAAGUCAGGAUUUUGGGGGCUGGAGAAAGGGCCACAUUCUCUUUGGCCUUCUGCAGUUUCCCAGUGAUAGUUGUAAGGCUUCACACAUGUGCCAGGAGGGAACGUACCAGAUGAGGGCUGUGCCCUGGGGACAUUCAGUAACAGCAAAUCACCCUCUUCAUGCAAUGGCUGUCAUAUUCAUGUAUUAGCAGACUAAACUAAUUUUCUGGCUUCUGCCCCUUAGAAUUCAGAGACCUGGUUGCGAUGUUCUGUUUUCUACUGAGCUGGCCAAUACAGUAUUUCUAGUAAACGCUCUCUAUUUAAUGCUAGGUUUUUAUGACAGAAGGUUAGUUCUGACAUUCUCCACUAGAUAACACUGGAUAAAACCCCUGUGGACAGGCAGAAAGGUACUGAAGUUCCAUCUCCUGUAUUUUUGUGUGUUUAGCUGAUGCAUUUUGCAUUAAGUAGAACUCUAGUUCGCUGGCUUUUUUGUUUCCUGCUACUUCUAAUCUUACACAUCAGAAGUCCAUUCAUUCUCCCUGAAAAACUGUUUACGCUUUACAUUUUAAAUUGGCAAUUCUUUGCAUUCUGAAACUGAUUUUUCCAACUAGCUAAUACUAAGUCAUUGAGUAAACUGCAUUCCAAUAGGAACUGAGCAGAAACUAGCAGAACACAUGGCUCUCUUGAAGUGUUUUUCUCUGUUAACAUAGUUUUAAAAUAUGGAGUUGUAUGGCUGCAAAAUAGCUUUUUUAGAUUUGUGGCUUUUCAAUGUUGAAGGUGUUACAGUAGUUUUCAAUUCUUGUGGUAUGGAAGCUUCUUAUGUUUCCUGUUGAAAUAGAAAAUUCAUAGCUUAAAGCAGUAUUUUAAGUGUACAAAGUAUAAUGCAGUGUGUGCAGUCCUGUACACAAAUCCAUAUAUAGCUGUUAUACAGAAAAUCUAAAUCUAGACCAUGGAGUUUCAUUCUAGAAUACAUGGUUUUAGUUGAUGGUGAACAUGUGGCUGUGUUGUUUGAUACUGUAUUGCAGAUACAGAGGGUAUACUUAUUGAAGCCUUGAUAAGUGAGUCUGUGGAUGCACAUAAAUAAAAGCUUGGUAAACUUGCAGAUCUCAUUUUAGAGAACUGUUAGCAAUUUUGGAAAUUAAAACUCUUUCUAUUGCAACUGCUUGUAAUACAGCAAUAAGUUUCUACAGUUUUGAAUUUCUAGUAAAGUUCUGAGUUGGUAGCUAAAAGUUUAGUUCCAACUGGUCUGUAUCUACUGUUUGGAUUGUAACUUCUGUUUGUCGCAUUGGUGGGUAGUUAAAUAUGGGUUUAGAAAAAUAUGAAAAAUGGAAUUGAACUUUGAUCAUUAAACUAUAUUUUAAUGACUGCAAAA